CUCUGACCGGUGUUCUGCGGUCGUGGAACGUCGAAUGGAGGACUUCGGGAGGUGUGAACUGUGAAGAAUCAUAGUAAAUGUGCCAGACUGCAACAUUUCCUGUAGUUUUCUUACUGCUUGGCAAGAGGAUUCUGGAACUGAUCAUUCAACCGAAGAUUGAGAGGUGAGAUGACAUUGCUGUAUACGUCUGUAUGGAGGAGUUAGAGAAUUUAAGACCCAAGGAAGUGAUGGAAGAACAGGAGCAACUCAAAUCUCUAGAAGAAAGCUCUGCAGGUGAAAACACAUUUGAAGGACUUCACACCCCUAAUUUUUCAUCGGACUGUGUAAGUCAACAGGAAACCAAAUGCAUGUCGAGAAAAAAAUCAAGAAAGCGCUGGAGCCAUCCAGUGAAAAAUGUGGGAGAGGAAGCCUCUUUGUGUGAAGAACAAAAUAUCAUACAUACUGCAAAGUGCUCAAUGCUUGAACAGAUAUCUAAUAUUGAUGAAGGAGAACAUCUUCAAGACAGUGACCCUUUCAGUGAAGUUCUACAAAUAGAAUCAUCUUCGAUUAAGAAGCAUGACAAAGGGAAAAUGUCACAGAUAAGAAAUAACUUGCUUGUUAUAAAGUGCACUGAGUGCGAUGAAAUAUUUAAUGCCAAAUCAACAUAUAUUGCUCACCUCAUGACACACACAACUGAGAACACGUUUAAAUGCUCAGAGUGUCAGAAAGGUUUUACUAGCAAUGCAGAUCUUAUUAAACACCUUACUGUUCACAAAGGGAAGAAACUGGCUUGUCCUGAAUGUGGAAAAUAUUUCUCUUAUAAAUCACAGCUUAUUAAGCAUCAUCGAAUUCACACAGGAGAAAAACCAUUCUCGUGCUCUAUUUGCGGAAAAUGCUUUAGCAAUAACUCACAUCUUACGAAGCAUGAGAAGAUCCAUUCAGACGAGAAGCCAUUUGUAUGCUCAGAAUGUGGUAAAUGUUAUGCUAUUCGUUCAAAUCUUGUUAGGCACCAGCAUAUUCAUUCUCGAGGAAAACCUCUUAUAUGUUCUGAAUGUGGAGAUUUUUUUAGCAGUGUAACCGAUCUGAAUGCACAUAUAAGAAGCCAUAAAAGACAAGUUAAUAUUUCAUGCUCUGAAUGUGGCAAGACUUUUCAACAUAAAUCUCAUCUUGAAAUGCAUCAGUUAGUUCACACUGGGGAGAAACCAUUUGUUUGUGGUGAGUGUGGGAAAUGUUUUAGCAAUCACUCUAAUCUCGUUAAACAUCAAAGAAUUCAUACUGGAGAGAAGCCUUACUUGUGUUUGGAAUGCGGCAAAUCUUUUACGCACUGUGCAAGUCUCAUAACUCAUCGCAGAACGCAUACAGGAGAGAGGCCAUUUGCAUGUCUUGAAUGUGGAAAAUGUUUUACAAAUUAUUCACAUCUUGUUAAACAUCAGAGAACUCACACAGGAGAGAGGCCCUUUGAGUGUCCUCAAUGUGGAAAACGCUUUACAUCUAGUUCGCAUGUCACUACACAUCAGACAGUUCACACAGGGAAAAAACCAUACUCCUGUCAGGAAUGCGGUAAAUCCUUUGGAUUCAAAAGUAAUUUAAAUGCACAUUCAAAACUACACAUAAAAGAGAAUUCAAACUGAUUUAAUUGAGUCUAAAAAAAAAAUCUUUGCUGUAAGUGGCAGAUUAUGUUGUGACAACCUAAUAUUUUCCUUGCAAAAGGUCAGGUAGAUAAGCUAGGAUUAAAGAUGACUUUAAUUGGAUUCUCCCAACUACAAAGCAAUUGAUUUAAACAUUUUAGUAACGGCUUAUAAUGUAAUAGCUGCUAACAGAACAAAAAUCUCCUUUUUGUUUUAGAUAAUUAUAUAGUAGUGACGGUCUGCAGCCAUUUUAGGAGACCAACGUUCUGUCUUUUCAGUUCAGUUGAUGUUACACAUUGAUGAUUAGCACCUCCACAUUAUUUGCAGAAGGUGGGGAGUCAACACCUAAGGUAUUGCUGUAAUACUUACACAUUUUUAUUUAACUUCUUAAGUAUGGAGGUAAUUGACUAAGACCAGCCCUAAAAUUCCUCCCUAUUAGGGUAUAAGAACAAUAGCUACCAUAGUAUCCCCCAUUUUCUGCCUGCCCAUCCAUGGUAGCAUUUAUCCUGUUUUUAUAUUUGUUUCUUACCUACAGUAGGUGAGUCUGUAGGGGUAGAGAAUAGGGCAUCUGUAGUUCAGGUUUAGAGCUCUUAUAGCGCUGAUUCGGCUGGCCACUGUGGUCGUUCUGCCUCAGCUGCUGCAGAGCCUCUUUGAAAUGCACACCAGAAUCUCAGAAACGGCAUGCACUUCUCUCCACUCACUUAUGCCAUAAUCUGAAACAUGUGGCGGAGCUGUUGUGGAGGAUUUUGGGCUUAUCGUAGUGCAUCGCAGGCCUGGAUCAUGUCAUGUUCCACUAUUGAUGCAGUUGCCAAAAUUUCAAAUUCAAAUGCCCUCGUUAGCUUUCAGAGCACUGGGUGCUAAUAGCAGGAAUGUCAUCUCCUUUCGCCCUGUGCACUGGAGAGGCAUUUUUAAGGUAUUAAAAUUUAUUUUUUACUUUUAAAACUCCUCUGAGGAUUCUGUUGCCCAGUUUGUCAGGUCUUAUUCUAAUUUUAUUCCCUGGUUGUUUAACACACCUGAGAUUCAAGAAUCUCCUAUCAAACCUGAGAGAUCCAAAGCUGUAGCAAAAACAAAACACCUUAAUUGCUCAAUGUGCAAUAUUCAUGUACACAAUGGCUGUAAAAAGAAGCCAUGCCAAUGUAAAGAGACUGCAGAUACAGCCAAUCAAGCAGAAAUGUGUUCAUUUGUUAAUUGGUUCCAGCAAAGCUUAAAACAGACAUUUCAGGAUAAAAGAUGAAAUCGCUAUGCUACAAAAUAUUCCUGCCAUUUCUGAACAGGCAAAUUGUUCUGAAAAUGUAAGGCACCAUCUAAGUAUCUGAAGAUUCCUUGGCUAGUUCUGCUUUUUCUUCAGGUUCAUCUGAAGAUGUGGCAUUAAAAUACAACCACAGAAAGGAUCCGAUACACAGGGAUUAAUAAUGAAUGGAUGCUUAAAUGGAAUAAUAUUAUUAUUAGUAGGAUAAUAUAAACAAUAUAGCAACCAUAGUACGUCAUAUUUUACAAAUACCUUUAUUGGUACAAAAUUCACAUAAAUACUCUACAUACUAAAUCUAAAAGUAGUAUUCAAAAUACUAUAAAACAGAAUUAAAUUACAGUUAAACCCAUACAGAUCUUAAUGGUUACCUUUAAAUGGACCAACAUGCUCUAGGUCCAUUUGAAGGUAUAACUUAGGCUCUGCGUGGGUUUAGGUGUAAUUGCAUUUAUGUAUUGAGAUUCCUUAUUGAAAAUACUUUACUGUAUUGUGAAUGCUACUAUAUUUGAGUGUGUAGUGUAUUUAUGUGAAUUUUGUACUACGAAAGGAAUAUCUAAGGAAUGAAAAUCUAAGGCGUUCCCUUUUCAUCCCAGAUUCCAAGAAUUAAUGUCCAGAGAGUGGAAGAAUCCGCAGAACAAGGUGGUUUUUAACUAAGCAUAUUAAGUAUAUAUUUUUUCUAUAUCAGAAGAUGAUAAACCAUUAGCAUUGAUCCCAGAGGUUGAUGUUUCCAUAGCCCAGGUUGGGAAAAAAAAUUCUGGAUUUAAUGGACGAGAUGUCAGAUAAUUCCUUGAGAAUUUUUCAAGCAUUUGCAGUGCAAAGCAUGGGUUCAUCGGUUGCAAGAGCUCAAAGGAUAUGACUGAAAAAGCUUUUGAAAAGUAUUCUGACAAGAUCCAUGUUAAGCUACUUCAAAAUAUUAAGUUGGCAUCAGAGGUCCAAGCUACUAAUAUAAAUCUUGCAUAAACACGGGCCCUGCCUCUGUCGGAAAACAAGCUGUAUGAAAAUGGGCCUGGU